ACUACUACUGCCGCUCAGGCCACGGUUUCUGAUGUUGCAAUCCCUGAUCCCACAGCUCUGCAAAAUUAUUGUGGCAAAAGUUGAUUCUUCGGACAAGCUCAAUGACGUCUCCACCACGCAGCCCAAUUCACGGGAAAGACUAUGGAAAUUCAUUUGAAUUUUAUUCAAAAACAGACAAAAAGAUUUCAGGGAAAAAAAGAAAUCAUUUUUCUUUUUACAUUGCUGUCCAAACGCGUCAAUCAUGAUCAACUGUGCUAUUGUUCAGAGGGGCAAGAGAAACAUCUCCGCCUGGUAUUUCUCAUUGACGUUCAAUUAGUUUCUUGCCUUGUUAAGAGCAUGAACAGCAGACUCUUUAUCCCUCCUCCAAUCUACCUCUUUCUCUUCUUCCUUCGUUUUCUCGCUGUCCACAUCUCUGGUUAUGAACCUUCCUACAGCGUUACCCUCAACUGUGGCUCACCAGGUGUAACUAUGGCUUUGGAUUCCCGGCUAUGGCAGGGAGACGAGCAAUCUAAUUUCACAUCGGCACCAAAACAACUCCAGAAUGCAUCGUUUAUCUCUGAAGCACGUCAACAAGCCCCCUCUAUUGACAGAACUCCCUACAUGACUGCUCGGAUAUUUCGAUCACCGUUCACUUACGUAUUUGAUCCUGUUCCUCCUGGUCCCAAGUUUAUUCGCUUGCACUUCUAUCCAGUUUUGUACGGAGAAUUCGACGGCUCCAAAACCUUCUUCUCUGUCACAGUCAGUACGUACACCUUCCUUAGCAACUUCAGUGCUUCCCUUACUGCUCAAUCUCUGGGCUUAGAGGCCUUCUCCAAAGAAUUCUGCAUCAACUUAGCAGAAGAUCAGCUGUUAAAUAUAACUUUCAUUCCAUCUUCAGAAACUUCAGAUGGUUAUGCCUUCAUCAACGGUAUUGAAAUUGUCUCUAUGCCAGACUAUCUCUACUACAGUGGUAGUGAUGAUAUAUGGGUCCCCAUCAUUGGUCAAUCAUCAAGUAUGUCCAUAGAUAAAGCCCUUGCCUUGGAGACGGUUUACAGGUUAAACAUGGGAGGACAGCACAUUUCGCCCAUGAACGACACUGGAAUGUUCCGGACUUGGUCAGAAGACAUUGAAUACUUAGGUUACAGAGGCGCAGAUCCUGUAAACACCUCCAACCCAAUCCAGUACUCUGACAAGUUCCCUAACUAUUCGGCUCCAGAGCUAGUUUAUCAGACAGCCAGAACUAUGGGUCAGUUUAAAACUCUCAACAUCCAGAUCAAUCUAACGUGGACAUUACCAAUAUAUUUAGGUUUCAAUUAUCUUAUUAGACUUCACUUCUGUGAGUUCUCAUCCCGCAUAACAAAGAAGCAAGAUAGGGAAUUCCAUAUAUUUAUCAAUCAACAAACGGCUGAGACUGAAGCAGAUGUCAUUACUUGGAGUGGUGGAAAUGGUCGUGCAUUGUUCCGAGACUAUGUCGUCAUUUUGCAGAAUGGGAGCCAGGGUAUGCACAAGCUGUAUAUCGAUCUCCACCCUAACGCUGACGCCAGAACUGCUUACUCUGAUGCCAUCCUAAAUGGGCUCGAACUUUUCAAGUUGAGCAGCGCCUCAGGCAACCUUGCCGGACCUAACCCGGAGCCAAAAGCUAUUACCAACUCUGCUCCCACCAAUCCAUCUUCUCAUCCAACAGAGUCUCGGGAGAAAAGUAAAAGAUCGACAAUUGCCAUUGCCGGUAGUGUUCUUGGUGGGGUCUUUCUCCUCUCUAUGCUUGGUUUUUUUGUCCUCCGGAGACGGAAGACGGCGAAGGAGAUCGGCCAAAGUUACCAAACAUCAACGUGCACCACGCUAUCUAACACAACAACAUCCACCAAGACAAAAGCCUCUUCAUUACCGUCAGAUUUAUGUCGCCGCUUUACCCUUUCGGAGUUAAAGAAGGCGACCAAUAAUUUUGAUAUCAUCCUCCGCAUCGGAGUAGGAGGUUUCGGCAACGUCUAUAAAGGAUACAUCGACGAUAAAGCCGCCCCAGUUGCAAUCAAACGGUUGAACCCUCAAUCAAAACAAGGUGCCCGAGAGUUUCAAACGGAGAUAGAGAUGCUAUCCAUGCUUCGCCACAUUCAUCUAGUGUCUCUUAUUGGCUUCUGCAGCGAAGAUCACGAGAUGAUCCUCGUUUAUGAUUACAUGGCCAACGGCACUCUCUGCGAUCAUCUCUACGGAACAAAUCCUCCUUUGCCAUGGAAGCAGAGGCUCCAGAUUUGCCUUGGCGCAGCACGGGGGUUGCAUUAUCUUCAUACAGGCGCGACCCACAUGAUCAUUCACAGAGACGUGAAGACCACCAAUAUUCUACUGGAUGAAAAAUGGGUAGCCAAGGUUUCCGAUUUCGGAUUGUCCAAGGUGGGUCCCACAGGCAUGUCCCGGAACCACGUUAGCACGGUCGUGAAGGGAACUUUGGGGUAUUUGGAUCCGGAGUAUUUCCGACUGCAGCAGUUGACGGAGAAGUCUGACGUGUAUUCCUUUGGGGUGGUACUGUUUGAAGUACUGUGCGCAAGGCCACCGGUGAUCAAGUCGGAGGACAAUGAUCGUGUAUCUCUCGCCGUGUGGGGCCCGUGUUGCUUCCAAGAAGGUACCCUUGAUCAGAUCGUUGAUCCACAUCUGAAGGGCGAGAUUGCUCCGGAGUGUCUGAACAAAUAUGGGGAGAUUGCAGUGAGUUGCCUGCUUCGUGGUGGAAUCGAACGGCCAUCGAUGAGCGAUGUGGUAUGGGGCCUCGAGUUUGCAUUGCAGCUACAGGAGACCGCGGAGCAGGUGGGAAUGGAUGGUGGGCAUCUGAGUGAGGAAAAGGGCGCAGAAGCUCUGUUACGUUACUCCAACACUGACAGAGUUGAUGAAAGCAGUGGACAAGUGUCAGGUUCAAGGAGCAGUGUGUUCACAACGAGCAGUCAUUCUGAUAAUGUGGGCGUUGGUGUGUUCUCACUGGUUAGGAGUCAUAGCGGGCGAUAAGACCUGAAAGAUGAUUUAGUUGUGAUCUUCGUUACAGUGUUGCAUGCUGUGCUUGGAUCAAGUUUAUGCACCAUAUAUGGGUUGCAUUUGAUGGUAUUGCUCUUUCUAUUAGGAUUUUUUUUUUUUUUCAAAUGUACGAGUGAAUUGGAAAGACCAUUUGUAAAAUAUACUGGCUUUAAAAUUAUUGAGAGAAUUAUGACAUGCAUUUCAUAUGUCAAAUUAA